AUGAGAGCUGCCUGUGAAAGAGGGGUCUUCCAGGGAUUGCAAAUCCCUAAUGGGGGACCGGUAAUCUUGCAUCUUCUAUAUGCAGAUGAUGCGCUAUUCCUCGGUGAGUGGUCUGAACACAAUAUAAAAAAUCUUGCUAGGAUUCUCCAUUGUUUCCAUGUAUCCUCAGGCCUUAGAGUCAACUUCAAUAAGUCUAGGGUAUUCGGGGUGGGGUUUCUAUGGGGGAGUUUGGAGGGAGCCAGAAAGAUUCACUGGGCCUCUUGGGAUAAGGUCACUGCAUCCAAAGAAGCUGGUGGGCUUGGAAUAGGCACGAUCAAAUCCUUAAAUGUGUCCCUUAUAGCGAAGUGGUGGUGGAGGCUAAGAGCGGGUCUUCCAACAACUUGGGCAAAUGUAAUCACAGGUCUCCAUGAUCUUAACUUGAAACCAAAUUGUUACUAUGCUAAUAAUAAACUACCUGGAGUAUGGAAGAACAUAGCAGGGGUAAGUAAGGAACUAAUGAAAAAAGGAAUUGCAAUUGACCGGAUAUUAAAGAAACAAUCAAGUGGACCAGGAGACUCGUGGAUAUGUAGUCUUGCCUCCGAUGGGAGCUUUACUGUCAAAGUUCUUCGAAAAGUAUGGGAUCAUUGCUCCCCUAUCUCAAUUGGGCAGUUUGAAUGGACUUCUGACAUCCCUAUUAAGGUAGUGUGUUUUGUAUGGAGGGCACGUAUGGGCAAUAUUCCUACUGCUAUGGCUCUCUCCAAGAGAGGGGAAAAUCUGGAAAACGGUUUCUGUAGUCUAUAUGGAGACGUACAGGAAUGCGCGAAUCAUGCUCUGGUUCACUGUCAAUAUGCCAGAACAGUAUGUGAAUGGAUAUUCAAAUGGUGCGGGGUUCCAACGUCCACUUUCCUAUCGGUGUGUGACGUGAUAGAAUUUGCAACUAAUUGGUUCGAUUGCCCACUAAGGAGGAAAUUACUACUUGGGAUCUGUUAUGGAUCCCUUUGGCAUAUCUGA